GUGGCGGAGGUGGUGGCGGCUAAGUUGCAGGCUGAUUGCGAGGGGGUGGCUAAGUUGCGGGCUGGUUGACAGGGAAGGAGGGGGUAGUGGGGCGGGCUGGUUGAUGAGAAAAUGAGUUAGGCUGACUGUGAGGUGAGGUGGUGCACGGUGGUGGCAAGGUUGAGAGAGGUGAAGGAGCCAUUGUUAAUGGCAGGAAGUUUGAAUAGGGGAGAAGGAAGGAGGGAAAAAUUAAGGAAAAUGAAAAAAGUUACCUAAAGUUCAAGUAAUCGGUCAAAUAGGCUCGGUAUAAGAAAAUAAGUAUUAUCUCCAUUUCAUAUUUUUUGCAACUUUAAAAUAUUUUAUAUCUCACGAAUAAUACGCUAAAAAAUAUGAAACGGAGAUAGUAAUAAACUAGAUUAUUCAUUGUUAAUGGAAAGGAUUAUUUUAGGAUAAUUCUUGUUAAAUUUUCCGGUUCAAUAUCACAAUUUAUAAAAAAAUAAAUAAAUAAAAUAAUAAGCAUUUGUACGGUCAAAAGCCUUGUUUUACUCAAAAUAUCACCUUUUCGGAAUUCCAAAAAAGGAAACCUCCUGCCAAAUUCUCUCCUCUCUCUACUUUCUCUCUCCUCCAUCUUCUUCACUCAGAAAGUGAGAAUUCUCCGAACGAAAAUGGCAACGACGUCGUAUUUCUCAUCACUACUACUCAGUAGUGUAACCUCGAGUUCACUCAAUUCAACUCAUCGGAAAAGUGUCAUUUCUCCGGUUGAAUGCGGUUCAAUUUCGGGUCAAAAUGGGCCGAUACGACUCAGAACUGGUUCCGGGUCAUCAACUCGGAGGUGGGCUAAGGUUGAAGACAGAGGAGAAAUAUUGGAGAGUAAUUGUGGGUUUCCUGUAGAUAUUAAUGAUGAUGAUGAACAAUUUGUUGUUGAUUCUUCUAAAGAGGAGGUUGUAGAGACAAUCCCAGAGAUUCCAGAACGUGAUUAUGCUGGAACACCUUAUGUCCCUGUUUAUGUGAUGUUGCCAUUAAAUACAAUUGACAUGAACUGUGGGCUGGUGGAUCCACAAAACCUCAUCGAGCAACUAAAAAUCUUGAAGUCGAUUAAUGUUGAUGGUGUUAUGGUUGAUUGCUGGUGGGGCAUAGUUGAGGCACUUGCUCCUCAAAAAUAUAAUUGGAGUGGUUACAAGGAAUUGUUUCAAGUCGUGCGUGAUUUUGGACUUAAAUUGCAGGUUGUUAUGUCUUUCCAUGCAUGUGGAGGCAAUGUUGGGGAUGAUGUGCAUAUUCCUCUCCCUCAUUGGAUCACAGAAAUCGGUCAGAGUAAUCCUGAUAUAUAUUUCACGGAUAAAGAAGGUAGGCGCAAUACUGAAAGCCUUUCUUGGGGAAUAGACAAAGAGCGUGUUUUAAGAGGCCGUACAGCAGUUGAGGUUUACUAUGAUUACAUGAGAAGCUUCCGUGCGGAAUUCAACGAGUUCUUUGAAGGUGGAACCAUCUCUGAGAUCGAGGUUGGGCUAGGUCCAUGUGGGGAGCUACGUUAUCCAUCCUAUCCUGCAAAUCAUGGCUGGAAAUAUCCAGGCAUUGGUGAAUUCCAGUGUUAUGACAAAUAUCUAAUGAAGAGUCUUCAGAAGGCAGCUGAAGUGAGGGGACAUGUGUCUUGGGGCAGAGCGCCUGAUAAUUCAGGUUCUUAUAAUUCUUGGCCACACAAGACAGGUUUUUUUCGUGAUGGUGGUGAUUAUGACAGCUAUUAUGGUAGAUUUUUCCUUAAUUGGUAUUCUAAGGUUCUUAUUGAUCAUGGAGGUCGUGUACUUACCCUGGCCAACCAAGCCUUUGAAGGCUUCCCUAUUGCUGCAAAGCUGUCAGGAAUUCAUUGGUGGUACAAGACAGCCAGUCAUGCUGCUGAGCUGACUGCUGGGUUCUACAAUUCUUCCAAUCGUGAUGGCUAUGCUCCGAUUGCAGCAAUGUUGAAGCAACAUGAAGCUGCUCUGAACUUUACAUGUGUGGAAUUACGCACAAUGGACCAGCAUGAGUCUUACCCAGAAGCACUAGCAGACCCUGAGGCGUUGGUUUGGCAGGUCCUGAAUGCUGCAUGGGAUGUGUGCAUACCAGUUGCUAGUGAGAAUGCUCUUACUUGUUAUGACAGAGAAGGCUAUAACAAAAUAUUGAAAAAUGCUAAGCCUCAUGAUGAUCCUGAUGGAAAGCAUCUAUCUGCUUUCACAUAUCUCAGACUUAAUCCUGCAUUAAUGGAAGAAUACAACUUCAUGGAGUUUGAAAGAUUUGUCAAAAGAAUGCAUGGUGAAUCUGUCCCAGAUCUUAAUUGCCCAAGGGAAAUAUCGUUACCUGAAAGUCAGGAGGAUUCUCAAGAGCCAGAACCGGAACCUGAAAUCAAACUUGAAGGUGUCUAAGUGGCUACUAUGAAGAAUAGUAAAUCAAUCACUGAUCUUAUACAGCUACAUUAGUUGAUUUUACCCCCAAGUUGUAUAUCUCUAUUUUUUGUAUAGAUCAUAAACUACGUAGUUGACAUUAUACGACUUGCUGAAGUGCCAAACAUGUAUAGUGAUUUGUCACAUACAUAAUAUUUUUUGUAGCUUGCAUCCCUUCUUUAUGGGACAAAUUAUAAUCCCAAUUCAUUCAAUUUUUACCAUUA